AUGUUUCGCGUUCACGCGACUGUGUCCACGUCGACGCGAACCUUUCACUCGCACCGAGAUCGCCCCAUCACCGCGCACGCGUCGCAAUCGAUCGAUUUCGCCCCACAAAAGCGAAAACGACUCAGUUGGAUGCCUCGACUCUUAGAGAACGACCGAGCGAAGCACAACACGGAGGACGUUUCGACGUGGCAGCGCGAGCGACAGGCGUACUUAUCCUCCGUGGAGACCGUGCGGUUCGGCGAUGGAUGCUUCGUGGGGGACGGGACGGAGAUUUUUGCAGAACGCGGGCGGGCCGUGACGCUCGGCGACGGCUCGCGCGUGGCGGCGAACUGCUUCAUACACGGACCGUGCGAUAUCGGUUCGCGAACGAGCGUGAACGCGGGAUGUCACAUCGAAGGUGGGUCGGCGGGGGUAAAGAUCGGGGACGAUACCAGGAUUGGGCCGAAUUUUUCAGCGUUUGCGUUCAACCACGUCUUCGAGGACGCGACAAAGCCGAUACGUGAACAAGGGGUGACGAGCGAGGGGAUCGUCAUCGGUGUGGACUGUUGGUUGGGUGCGAACGUAAGCGUUACGGACGGGGUGACGAUCGGGGAUCACGCCGUAGUAGGCAUUGGUUCCGUGGUGACCAAAGAUGUCGAACCAUGGAGCGUCGUCGCCGGGAAUCCAGCUCGAGUGAUUCGCCAUAGGAAACGCCCCAACGACGUGGCAUAG